ACUUUAACUUACUCCAGUGAAAAACUAUUUAAUUUUAAAUAGACAAUACCAUGGAAGAUAAGUCAAAAAUCGAUUCUCAAUAUUAUACUCCACCACCAAAACUCGGUAAAUGGGAAGCAUUCAGUACUUUCCUAUGGAACUCGGAAACUGGACAAUUUCUUGGCCGAACUGGUUCCAGUUGGGCCAAGAUAUUGCUUUUUUACGUAAUAUUUUAUGGAGUACUGUCGGGAUUUUUUGGAGCGAUGCUCGCUGUUUUCUAUCAAACUCUUGAUCACAGAGCACCCAAAUGGCAAAUGGAUAAAUCAUUGAUUGGAGAUAAUCCGGGACUUGGUUUCAGACCAAUGCCACCCACGAGUAAUGUUGAAAGUACUCUUAUUUGGUACAAAGCCAGUAACAAAGGAAAUUAUGAAAACUGGAGCAAUGCUAUUGACAAGUUUUUGGAAGAAUACCAACCACCGAAACCAGGCAGCACUGGAGUAGCUGGAGUUCAACAAAUAAUGGAAAAUCGUGUUCAUUGCGACUACGGAAAACCUCCGGCACCUGGAAAAGCCUGCGAAGUUGACCUAGAAAAGUUUACACCCUGCACUGGACCUAAACAGUACAUGUACCCGGAUUACCAGCCUUGCAUAUUCCUCAAGCUCAAUAAAAUAUUUGGUUGGCAGCCACAAUUCUACAAUGACACAGAAAAUCUUCCAGCAAAUAUGCCAAAUGACCUGAAGAAUCGUAUCAAAGGAGCCAAAAUACGUAAUCCCGAAGAGUUGCAGACAAUCUGGGUAUCUUGUGAAGGUGAAAAUCCAGCGGAUAUUGAAAAUAUUGGACCGAUACAAUACAAGCCACGAUCUGGAUUCCCUGGUUUCUAUUUCCCGUACACAAAUAAUGCUGGAUAUCUCAGUCCACUCGUUGCCGUAUGGUUUGAAUCACCAAAACGUAACGUACUUAUCAACAUUGAAUGUAAAGCAUGGGCUCGAAACAUUAUUCACGAUCGGGUAGAUCGACGUGGCUCCGUCCACUUUGAGCUCAUGAUAGAUUAAAUACAUAAAAAAAUUUAAAAAA